UUUGGCAACUUUCUGGCUCGCGGUAUGCGAGAUUUUUGUAACUCACAAACAGGGAAAUGCCAUCAUCCCCUUGAGGCACGGAGUGAGGUAUAUAUAAGUACGCCACAGCCCAAAUAAUGGCUCAGCUUUCUAAGUCGACUGUCAAGAUGAGAACAAUCCUUCUGCUGACCACAGUGGCCCUAGCUGUGGCAAUACCACCAACACCAAAUGCAAGGCGAUUGCCAAACCCACCUCCUCCUCCUCCUGGAAUCACUUUCGGUCACCCUGGCAAAACAAUUCGUGCAAAUAUUGGUCGCAGAGAAGACUUCAUUCCACCACAAACUGUGGUCGCACCUCCACCGCAAAUACCUGCCUCAGCUUUUGUAUCUCCACCUGCACCACUGUCGCAACCAUCACCACCCAGCCCUGCAUAUGGAGCACGAAAUGUAUAAAGGACCGGUAAAACUAAUGACAUCAUUUGCUGUACAAGAACAAACAACUUUCUGAAUACAGAGUUCAUCGUACAUAAAUGUCUGACAGAUGUUACUACAACUCAAACUUGUCUUCACUGUCAGAAAAGUUACAGAUACAAUUACCAAUUACAUUUCUGUAAAUGUACGUCAUAUUGCGUGAAUUUUAUCAACAAAUAUAUUGUCUGGUUCUUCCAAA